UUAGGUGCAACAAAAUGUUUUCUUUGCGCAAAAAAGUCUUCUUACUCAUAUGUUUCCUGCAAAUUUUGGUAAUACGCCCGUCAUAUACAAUGGAGAAUUCGCCUGAUAGUCUAGAAAAAGAGAUGUUGACUGACUGUCUUAUGCAACUGAACAUAUCAGAAUUGUUGCGACUUCAGCGUUCAUUGGAAAGACUACCUGAACUUCAUGAGAAGGAAGAUUUUGAAUCAAACUUAAAUAAUGAAUUUAACAAAACUAAGAACGAUUCGGGUGUUUGUGAUUCGCCUAAAGAAAAUUAUAAAAAUAGUUCUUGUGUGAGUCCACAAGCCUUACCGUUAACCGCCGAGAAACGUGGCUACGAGCAUCAUCCUUGGCAACCAGAGGAAAAGCCUUCUAAAUUGCAAACUUUAUUCCAUAUCACCAUAACGGCGUUGGCUUUUCUCUCCUUCGGCGGAUAUCUGCUUUGCCUUAUUGUGCAAGCUAUAAGGAGCAAAGGCACAACCUACUUUCACCCUGCUGCAACCACUGCGGUGACUAACACAAAUGGUGGAGUUAAAAGAAUAAAAAUUUAUCGGCGUAGUCGCAGAAGAAUACGCGCUACGCCGAAUGAAGUGCAUGCAUACAUGGCUUAUUAUUAGCCGCACAAAUUAUAUUUCUAUUGCAUUUUCAUAGGUAUUAACCGUUUGAUAUAUCAGCUAAUAGCAUCAAA